GAUCUGUGGGCUUUGGUCGGGGGUCUUAAAUUUGAGGCACAUUUCUCCGGUCAUGCUGAUCUGAGGUCGGGUGAACCUGAAGCCGCUCGCGCGCCGGGCGGAGCCCCGCCCCCCUCCUCUCGCCGGCCGAAGCGAGCAGCGAGCUGCUGCCCCGCAGAGUAAAAUGGCCGAGAAGCAGAAGCACGAAGGCCGGGUGAAGAUAGGACACUACAUCCUGGGGGACACGCUCGGAGUGGGCACCUUCGGCAAAGUGAAGAUUGGAGAGCACCAGCUUACAGGACACAAAGUUGCUGUUAAGAUUCUGAACAGGCAGAAGAUCCGCAGUCUCGAUGUGGUCGGCAAAAUCAAACGAGAGAUCCAGAACCUCAAGCUGUUCCGACAUCCACACAUCAUCAAGCUGUACCAGGUGAUCAGCACUCCCACAGACUUCUUCAUGGUGAUGGAAUACGUGUCUGGAGGAGAGCUCUUUGAUUAUAUCUGUAAGCAUGGAAGGGUGGAGGACAGUGAGGCAAGACGAUUGUUCCAGCAGAUCAUCUCAGCAGUGGACUACUGUCACAGACACAUGGUGGUGCACAGAGACCUGAAGCCAGAGAACGUGCUACUGGAUGGAAGCAUGAAUGCAAAGAUUGCUGACUUUGGCUUGUCAAACAUGAUGUCUGAUGGGGAGUUCUUGAGAACAAGCUGUGGAUCACCUAACUAUGCAGCUCCAGAGGUCAUCUCUGGAAGACUCUAUGCAGGUCCAGAGGUGGAUAUCUGGAGCUGUGGCGUGAUCUUGUAUGCACUGCUUUGUGGAACUCUGCCCUUCGAUGAUGAGCACGUUCCCACACUCUUUAAGAAGAUCCGUGGAGGAGUUUUCUACAUCCCGGAAUACCUCAACCGCUCUGUGGCCAGCCUGCUGAUGCUCAUGCUUCAAGUGGACCCUCUGAAGAGAGCCACAAUCAAAGACAUAAGAGAGCACGAGUGGUUUAAGCAGGAUCUGCCUGGCUACCUGUUUCCUGAAGACCCCUCCUAUGACAGCACAGUGGUGGACGAGGAGGCUGUGCGGGAGGUGUGUGAGAAGUUUGAGAGUACGGAGGCAGAGGUUCUUAGCAGCCUGUACAGCGGAGACCCUCAGGACCAGCUGGCUGUGGCCUACCAUCUCAUUAUUGACAACCGUCGCAUCAUGAAUCAGGCUAGCGAGUUCUACCUGGCCUCCAGCCCCCCGACAGGCUCCUUCAUGGAGGAAGGUAUGCCCCUGCCCCCAGGAGUGAAGCCUCACCCUGAAAGGAUGCCGCCCCUUCUGGCUGACAGUCCAAAGGCCAGGUGCCCCCUGGAUGCCCUGAACACCACAAGACCCAAACCACUGGCUGUGAAGAAAGCCAAGUGGCACCUCGGGAUCCGCAGCCAGAGCAAGCCAUAUGACAUCAUGGCUGAGGUAUACCGUGCCAUGAAGCAGCUCGAGUAUGACUGGAAGGUUGUGAACCCGUAUCACCUGAGAGUGCGCAGAAAGAAACCAGUCACUGGUAAUUUUGUGAAGAUGAGCCUGCAGCUUUACCAGGUGGACAACCGUAGCUAUCUACUGGACUUCAAGAGCAUUGAUGAUGACAUCAUUGAGCAGAAAUCCGGUUCGUCCACUCCUCAGCGCUCCGGCUCGGCCGCCGGCCUCCACCGGCCCCGCCUCAGCAUCGACUCUGCGACCGUUGCUGUGGAGAUGCCGCAGCUGAGCAGCUCGCUGCCGGGCUCUCUCCCGGGUUCUCUGCCUGGUUCUCUGCCGGGCAGCAUGCCAAUGUUGGCACCACGCCAGGGCAGCCACACCAUGGACUUUUUCGAGAUGUGCGCCAGCCUCAUCACUACAUUGGCUCGCUGAGCUACACACACACACACACACACACACACACACACAUACAUUUACACACACACAUUUACACACAGUGAUGGGAACCCCUGAGGAAGCUAGGGGUCAAAAGUUAUGGAUCAUGGCCUCUUGAGCAGGGGUCACAUGUAAGUCGGACCCUCUGCAGAGCCUGCAGCCACAAUUACGUUUCACUCACAUUACUCUCAGCCAUAAUAGCAAAAUUCUCCAGCAGGCCACAGAGCCCUUCAUCUGUUUUAUUGUUUUUAUAUAUACAUCUAUAUAUAUAUAUAUAAUGUUUUGAUAACACUGAUUAUGUUAUACAUGUAUUAUACAGUCUAUUUAUAAGACUCGCAUAUAGAUCACUUUAGUCAAACUGCUGUUGAUUGCGAUGACAUACCAAAAAUUAAGUUUAUAUGCAUACAAAGAGAGGUGAUUAUAAUUUAGUUAGAUAUCAGAUUAUUUAUUAUUCAGAGAUUAUUUAUGCUAUUUAGUUGCAUUAUUUAAUCUAACCUGUGGAGCGAGUUUGGAAUUAAGAGCAAGUGUUCUGAGCAGCGGAUGUUAGCGUUGAGGCAAUACGUGCAUGUAAAGCACUUUGAGCACAAAACUCAGUAUCAUCAUUGCUUUACUUGCAUUGGCAGGGGUUUAUAUGCAGUUAUUCAAGUGAUUUUACAUUUACUUAUCACUAAGUGUGACGUGGCAUUUUCACUGUUUAGUGCUUUGCCCCUCUCUGUUCCUUUCCUACUGACUAUUAGUCAUGUCAUAGACUCAUAGAGUGGGAUAGGUUUGUGUGAUGAUGCCUUAAAUCCGUGGAAGUGCACCGCUAUGAAAAGACGAAGGUGUUGGGCGGGAAGCGGAGGGGAUAGCCAAAGCCUAAACAUGGUGCCUUGUUUUGGCUAAAAGAGGCAGAGCACAGAGUGGGAGAUAGUGGGUGGGAGAGUUUGACUGGGUGCUGUGUUCAGCUAAGCCUGAGACUCCAGACUGCACCACACAUUGGCCUUGGCCUCAAAGGGGAAAUGCAGUAUAAGAGAGAGAGAGAGAUUUACAGCCUGAUAUAUAUGAGAGAGAGUUAGAGACAGUAUAUAGUGAAAGGAAUAUUUAGGCGGUAAAAGUGGCCCAAAUCUGAUUUUCUCAGCAAUUUUGACAUUUAUUUUAAACUCGUUACACAAUUUUUUUUUUAUCCCACUUUUCUUCCCAAUUUAGCUAUGCCGAUAAUCCCACCCACAUUUUCUUUUAGCUGUACUUCCCCUAUCACUAGUUUCACAUGUUUCCUCUGAUGCAGCAUUGCUGAGUUUUCAGAGGAAAGUGCAGCGACUCGGUUCUGAUACAUCAGCUCACAGACGCCUUGUGCUGAUCAACAUCACCUUAGGAGUAAUGUGGGGAGAGAGCACCAUUUACCCACCCAGAGAGAGAGCAAGGCCAAUAAUGCUCUCUCAGAGCUUCAGCAGCCGAUGGCAAGCUGCAUGACCGGGAUUGGACACACUACCUUUUUAAUAUAACCUAUAACUGACAUUCAUCUGAAUUCAUCAGAUUUUGAUCAAAGACAUUAUAUCAAAUGAUUAUGCAGACCGUUACCACUGAAUCCCUCACUCACUGCUUUUGUCCAUUUCGCCUUCCCCUCCUUACAUUCAUGUUUAAAAAGACUUGGAUUUGGGCCACCUUACCUACUGGGAAAACAUAGCCAAAGAGCAGUGUUCUUCAAUCCUGGUCCUGGUGCUCCCGCCGUCCUAUUACAUUAUAGAUGAAUAUCCAUAUAGAGGAAUGUCUGCUUUAACACACCACCUGCAACUCUAAAUGGCUUGUAAAUGAGCUGAUUAGUUGAAUCAGGUGUGCUUAGAGACAAGAAAGCCAUACAUUUACAGGGCAGGGGGUGCCAGGACCAGGAUUGAAGAUCCCUGUUUUAGAAUCUGAGAGAGACGAAAGUGAAAAGAUUUACAAAGAAAGGUAAAAUUGCUCAUGUGCAGUAGUUACAUUUUUUAUUUCCCCUUUGAAAUAUGAUUUUACUCUGAACCUGAGAUGGAGUGCAUUCGGUGACACUGGUCAAAGAAACAAAAGCCACAAGCAUUUAAGAAUUAAAACCAUGCACACCUCCCUUAGGUGCCUUAAAUGGAACACGUACCCUUUAGUUUGUGAUGGAUUCUGCUUUAAGAUUUAAGAUGUUUUAUUUGUGUGUUUGUUAAAUGUGUAUAUGUGCGUGUGUAUAACUGAAGUACUGUAGAUGUAUUUAUUAGUCGUAUAUUUAUUUAACCUCACUUCUGGAAUGUUACCGUCAGGGCCUUUAAUGGUUUGCUAACCAGGGCUCUGGCUACUGUUAAACAAAUGAGAUCACGGAGAGGGACACCGGGAGUUCAGGAAGGUGACGCCUUGUAGGUUCUUUGUGCCAACGUCUCAUGUGAUUAGACUACAACUUAGCCAGGAGGGACAAAGGACACGGCGUGGACUUAAGAGUCACAUUUCCUAAAUAGCAGUACCUCAUGACUCAUUUUUUCCUAAUGCGCAGCAAAUUUAUCCCCAGGAAAAUUUGGUUAUAAAGCAGUGAACAUGCAGAUACUCCAUUUCAGUCAUUAGUUCCUUGUUGGAAAGCACAAGCCAUCAUAUUAAAAGAUAAGACUGUUUAAAGGUAUUUUAACUCCAUUACUACAUUACUUCUCAACAUGGUUUUCAGCAAGAUGAAAACAAGUACUUGUAACUGUAGCCUUCUUAACGCUCGUGUCUUUGUGGAUGAGGUGGUCUUCCUGAAUCUCCCAGGCCCCUCUGUCUAUGUACUGUAAGUAAGUAGGGAAUGGCUUGUGGUGAAUGCAUGCCGUUAAUGUGUUUUGUUCUAUGUUAAGUGUGCUCUUACUGUUACUCAAUAAGGCUGCAGUAAAUCAAUGCACCAUUCAUAAGUGAAUGUAAUAAGCAAAUCACAAACAAUGAAGUGCAGACACUCUAAACAAGAGAGGAAUUGUUUGGUCGAGCCGAGCGGCGGUGACAAGUAUUCCUGAUGUCCGCAGAAAGAUCAGCAGAUACGUUUGUUUAUGGAAGAAGUAGAGACUUGGUUUCUUUUUGAACUCUGCGUGUAUAUGGAGGGGUCAGAGUUAGCUCGGGGCUGUUGCCUUUUCUUUGCCGUGCCACUAGAAAUGCCUCUGUGAGCCUCGCUAGGCCACGGUAAAGCCAAGAACCCGGUAGAGCACAUUCUUCACAUUUCCUCUCUAAUCACCCCGCGAACAGGGGGUGGGUUGGCUGCCUGAAUUAUUACCAGAGGGAUCUGUGCUGCACCUUCUGAGAAAACUGCUGAGGCUAAAUAAUGAUGUUUAUAGCUUGAGGGGAGUUGCUGCCCUCUGCUGUUAGAUUCAUAGCAUUACACUGAAUAACGAAGCUAAACUAAAGGUAUGACAGCCUUGAGACAAAACAUGUUAUUUCUCUUUUAACCAGAUAACUUAAUCUAAUAAUGUGGAUGUUAAAGUCUGCUUUUUUAAAUACAACCAGAUAAUAUUAAUUUUGCAGAAGUAUGCUCUAAGCUAUUUUUUUAUUUUUAUUUUUUUUAUUUAUAACAGUAGUGGAAUUGUGCUAUGUAGAACAGAGCUAUGUGUAGGCCUGUCUGUUUUUUAUCUAUAUAUAUAUUCCCAAAAAUAAUUGUGAUGAACAAUAUUAUCCACGAAUGCAAUGACAUAAAAUUACAAUAGAAUAAUAAUACAAUAACAUGAUUUAAAAAACUAAGUUUUAAUAGUAAUAAUAAUCGUUUUGAGGUCAUGUUCUUUUAUUCUAUGGCAAGUCAGUAACAAUUAUAUUAUAGUGAUAUGCCUAUGUGUUAGGAAGGAAAGGCUUUUUUUUUUCUUGAUUCUUUAAAGUUUUUGUCCAUAAAGAACAAUUUAACCAGACAAAGAACCAUUUUAGUAAUUAAAAUAUAGAAUAAAAAAACGAAGAGCCCUUUUUAAAGGUUCUGUUUGCAGUAUUUUCUGGUAAAUAUUAUUACUGCGAUUUAAUUUGUUUUCUAAGAUUUAAUAAUUGGCUAAGAAGAUUGCUUCUGAUUACAAUUUAAAAAAAAAAGUUCUUCAUAGGUUCUUUAGUAAAGCCAAUUGUCCUGUGCUCUAGUUUCAGAACCAUUUGAAACUUUAAACUAACACCAAAAAGGGUUGUAUAUGUGUGUCACUACUGUUAUGUCGCCCCUAUUUUUAUACCAUAUAUAAUCAAUUUACAUUCUUUUCAAAAACUUACAUAUUAUAAUUUCCACUUUCCCCUUUUAAAGCUUUUAACACAGUGUUGUUGAUGUGAGUAUGGCUAUAAGUGAAACCCUGAUAUACUGGUUUAAAUACAAAAACAUUAACUGUUCAGCCCUAGGUGAAGUUAUCCAAGUUAUUUGAGAAAUGUUGCUUUAAAUAUCCUCCAGUGCUGUCGUCAUGAACAGCACUAUUUGUAGCGAGCUGUUUUAUCUGUCAUAAGUCUUGAUAAAAUUAGCCUUUUCGAAGAAUAGCCAUAUACGAACCCUUUACUUUUGACAGCUUAAUUUAAUGAUUUAUAAUUUAGAUGAUUUAGAUGCUUAAUUUAGAUUCAUAUUUCUUCAUUCAUGAAGUCACGCAAAUUAAAAUGAAUUACAAUAGUAAAUAAAAUACCUGAUUUCUUGCAAAAGAGAGAAAUGAUUAAUAUGCGGUUAUUUGUUUGAAGGUCUCAUAUUUUUGAAGAUGCACAACUGUUUUGUCGUUACAAGCGCAUUUUAUUUUCUACAGUGUGGGCAUUUUUGUCAUGUCGUUGCUGUUUCUUCCAUAAUCUGCAAUCAACACUCCAAGACAAUAAUACUCCUAGCAUGGCAACCAAGUUCCAGUUCAGUACAACUCCAGUGCCUGCAGAUGUCACUUUAGUUCAGUAUGCUCUCUGUCUAAAGAGGGAUCCUUUUUGCUGCCUAUACUAUGCUGUGUAAGUGUGUGUAACAUACCUGGUGUGAGACUGUGUUCUGUGUAACUGUGUCUAUAUGUCUCUACAUGUGAGUGUAUCUCUUUCAGUCUGAACGCGUGGUUUGUUUUUACACAAAUUAUGCACUGCAUGGUGUUCCUGUUCUGAUUUGCACUUUAUUAUUUAUUGUACAAAAAGAGAAGUAAAUAGAAAACCUAUAUGCA